AUGUCAGAUACUACGAAUGAAAAUGAUGAAAUUAAAGUUUUCUCCGCUUCGGGCACAAUCAAAAUCGAACCCGAUAACGAUAUUGAAGAACGAUUAUCACCCGUGGUGGAAGAACCAGCUAGUCCAACAACGAAUAAUUCCACAACUCAUAAUAAUUUCCCUGGAUUUUAUCCAUUUCCAUUUCUUUAUCCAUACUUCAUGUCGGCAGCUGCAGCAGCUGCACAAACGAAUGCUUCCAAUUUAUUAACAGUCAAAUCACCAAUCGACACACAGACAAAUCAUCUAUUUGGAACACCGGUACCAAUGUCACCCUUUCCAUGCAUACCCCUUCCUCCUGGAAUGAUGGGCCAACCGUAUACAUCAAGUUUUUUCAAUCCCUUUGCUGCUCCAACUUCAUCUUCGCAACUGGGACAAACUCAUACGAACGUUUCCACUGAAAAAUCGACGUCAAAUAAGCCUCGUAUAAAGAAACCGUUGAAUGCAUUUAUGAUCUUUAUGAAAGAACAACGUGCACAUCUAAUCGAAGAUUCAACAUUGAAAGAAUCGUCAGCAAUCAACAAACUUCUUGGUCAGAAGUGGAAAGAAUUAUCGCGAACUGAACAAGAUCGAUACUACGCUUUGGCGAAAGAAGAACGAAAUCGGCAUUUACAAAUGUAUCCGAAUUGGUCGGCACGUGAUAAUUAUGGUAUGAAGAGAAAAAAACAAACAGGCCGAGUCGAAAAACAACAUGUACAAAAAGCGAAACCCUCAAUUUCACAUGAAAAUGAUCCAAAAAAAUGUCGAGCGAGAUACGGUUUAGAAGGAAUCAGUCAAUGGUGUAAACAUUGUCGACGAAAGAAGAAGUGUACAAGAUUUCUCGAUGAUGAACUAAACAGUUCACGAAGCACUCCUCAGUCUGACACUGACGACAUUCUAUCUCGACAAAUCAAUUCUAUUGAAGAUGAUCACAACGACAGUAACGAAGAAAAUAAACAUCAAGUUCACACGAAAUCUGCCAGUGUGCCAUCGUAUUUUACAUCUAGUUUUCUUUAUUAA